AUGACCUGGAUGGAGGAGCACAACCUCACAGUGGUGACCGAAUUCAUCCUGCUGGGCAUCACAGAUCAUCCUGAGCUGCAGGCCCCACUGUUCGUGCUGUUCCUCAUCACCUACCUGACCUCGCUGGUGGGCAACCUGGGCAUGAUCGUCCUCACCCAGCUGGACCCCCGGCUGCAAACACCCAUGUACUUUUUCCUCCGACACCUGGCAAUUACAGACCUUGGUUAUUCAACAGCUAUAGGACCAAAAAUGUUGGAAAAUUUCCUUGUGGAUCAAAAUACAAUCUGCUAUCAUUGUUGUGCUAUGCAGUUAGCCUUUUUCCUUUUGUUUGUUGCCUGCGAACUUCUAAUUUUGGCCGCGAUGUCCUAUGACCGCUAUGUUGCAAUCUGUCGCCCUCUCCUUUACAAUACUGUCAUGUCUCAAAAACUAUGUUGGGUCCUAAUGGCAGUGUCCUACCUCUACUGCACAUUUGUGUCUCUUCUGGUCACCGUGAAGGUUUUCACUUUGUCCUUCUGUAGAUCCAAUGUCAUCAGUCAUUUCUACUGCGACAAUCUUCCAUUGUUAUCUUUGGCUUGUUCGGAUACACGUGAAACAGAGGUGAUAAUUUUAUUCUUGUCAGCCUUGAAUUUAAUUUCCUCUCUUCUGAUUAUUCUUCUGUCCUACCUGCUCAUCCUCAUGGCCAUUCUCAGGAUGAGCUCUGCAGCAGGCAGGCGCAAGGCUUUCUCCACCUGUGGGUCUCACCUGACCGUGGUCACCAUGUUCUACGGAACAUUGAUAUUCAUGUACGUGCAGCCCAGGGCCAGCCACUCCUUUGACACUGACAAGGUGGCUUCCAUAUUUUACACCCUCGUCAUCCCCAUGCUGAAUCCUUUGAUCUACAGCUUGAGGAAUAAAGAUGUGAAAUGUGCCCUGCAAAGUUCAUGGAGUAAACUAUGCAGCAGAGGUUCAUAA